UGGAUGUAGGGGAUGUAAACAAAGAUCCUCUUUGAUUUAAACAAAGUACACUGCAAUUUAUCUUUUUUGUUUUGUACCAUAUUUCGAUUUUAGCUAGAACUUCAGUAUCUGAAUGCUGAGAUAGCAGCUAAAAGCCAUUUUCAAUAUCUCAAUGAGCCUGCACAAAAGUAUCUUGAAACACUUAAUAAAAGAGAAAAGGAAAAUGAAGAAGAUUACUUUGGAUUAAUGCGCCAAAUGGAGCAACUAGAUCAGCAUACUGAAAGUAUAACAGCCAAUCUACGAAAACUAGAAUCAUUGAGAUCGCUUUUCUUGAUAUCUAUUCAUGAUGCCCAUGGCAGGAAGAUUUCAUUUUUUAUCUAUGAGUUCAAAAACUCCAAUGUGGCCUUACUCAAGUAAUACUUAUGACAGAUCUUUCAAUGAUUAUACACCAAAUGAAAUUUUUUUAAAUACAAAACAAUCUGUAUCAUCAAAGCAAAGAGUUGUUGAACAUGCUUUUACUCAAACUGAUCUUAUGUUUUGUGAAAAUUGUCAAUUCCCCUUGACUGUGUCAUCUAAUUUAAGACUCGAUGAAUCAUUAUCUCCAAAUGAAUCUUUGAAUAGAGUUGUGCAAUCUUUUCAAAGUCUGCCUAUUGAAGGUGUUGAACGUGAUGUUGUUUCUGAUAUGACUAUACCACUUAAUGAUUUUAUGCAUAAGAAUGAAAGAAAUUUGAACUCAAAUAAGGAGAUAAAUAAAGAAAAACCAUCAGUGGUUAUUCACAGUCUUCCUAAAAUACCUGAAGAACCUCCAGUUCAAAAAGAAAUUUUACACGAUAAAUACCAAACUAUUUCUACUGAUAUCUCACUACCUGUACCACUAAAUGCUAGGUCUCUUGAAAAUAAAAUCAACACUGCUGAUGCAAAUAUUCCCACUGUAAUUGAACAUAAAGAAAAUGUUGUUUAUGAGAAAAUUAAUCAACAACUUAUAACAGAUAUUCCUGUAGCAACUGAUUACAAAGAAAAUGUUGAUCAGGGAAUAAAUAAACAUCUUAAAACAGGCACCCCCACUACAACUGAUUCCAAAGAAAUUGUUCCUGAUGUGAUGUUGAAUGAAACAGUUAAUAUUUUAAGCUCUGAUGCUAAAGAAACCGAUAAAAAUUUGCAUUCUAGUGUAGUAUGGGAAGAUUUUGCACUUUCUGAAAAAAACAAAGACUCUGAUUUAGUUACAAGUAUUGUGGUUAGUGAUUUAAGUGCUCUUUCCGUGCCUCUAAAUGUUUCUCAAAUUGAAUCUGAAGGAGAAAUAACAACUUUAAAGAAUAAUCUAAUCAAAAGUGACGUUUUAAAACAAGAUAUCUUAAGUGAUAAAGGAAGUGAAUCACCUAUCAUCGCAGGGGCUCCAUCACCUUCUCCUUAUUCGGAUACUGCAUCAGCCCCGUCAGAUUCAGAUAGUUUUGAUGAAAAAGAACGUUUAAAAGAAUCUGCUGCAUACCAAGCUUUGUUAGGUAAUGUGUCUGCUACUAAAAAAAUUCAAAAGACCAUUGCAUAUUCAGAAAGUGAAUCUGAAGAUGAAGUUGAAAAAGCUCUAGCAAAUGCUGCAAGAAAAAGUAGUAGUGUACCAACAACUAUUACUGUUCAGGAAGAAAAACCUGAUGAUUCACACAAGAAUGAUGCUUCCGAACCUAAAGCUAAAAGUGAACCAAGGAAAUCAAUAUCUUUAGGUAAAUCCCAACAACUGUCAAAAAGUACAAGAAAAGUUUUAGGUCUGGAUACUUCAUCAGGUUCAGAAGGUGAAAUUCGUAUCCCAGAAAAAACUAGUCAAAAAACUGUAGAAGAUAGUGAUGAUGAGUUUUUUUAUGAUUAAGAAAAAAUAAUAAAGUUGUUGCAAA